ACAAAUCAUAAUAUGGCUUCCAAACCAGGCAUCCUUACAAACUGGCCAUGGAAACCUCUUGGGAGCUCCAAGUUCGUGAUUCUAAGUCCAUGGAUUGGGCAUAGCAUAUACACUUUCAUAUGGGGUGAAAGGGACCCAGCGUACCAUAUCAUAUUCCCUUUUAUAUUAAUCAGGAUGUUACACAAUCAAAUUUGGAUUUCUGUCUCACGUUACCAAACUGGAAUAGGCAAAGGAAGAAUUGUUGACAAAGGCCUUGAAUUUGAACAAGUUGACAGAGAGACCGAUUGGGAUGAUCAAAUUUUGUUCACUGCACUCUUACUUUGUAUAGGACACAAAAUAUUUCCUAUGGCUUCAAACUUACCAUGGUGGAGAACAGAUGGUGUGAUUCUUACAACAAUAUUACAUGCUGGACCAGUGGAGUUCUUAUACUAUUGGUUACAUAGAGCACUUCAUCAUCAUUAUUUGUACUCUCGUUAUCAUUCUCAUCAUCAUUCUUCAAUUGUCACUGAGCCUAUCACUUCUGUAGCACACCCAUUUGCUGAGCACUUGACAUAUUUCACACUUUUUGCUAUACCAAUGUUCACAACAUUGGUAACCAAAAGAUCAUCUAUGGUUGCACUAUAUGGCUAUAUCUUUUACAUUGAUUUCAUGAACAACAUGGGUCAUUGCAACUUUGAGUUCUUCUCUAAGAAAAUCAUGUCCACCUUUCCCCUUUUGAAGUAUCUCUCAUACACACCAUCGUAUCACUCACUACAUCACACAAAAUUCAGGUGUAAUUACUCACUUUUUAUGCCUAUAUAUGACUACAUAUAUGGUACGGUAGAUAAAUCAACACAUGUUACAUAUGAAGCCUCAUUGAAAAGACCAAAAGAGUCACCAGAUGUGGUGCACUUAACACAUUUAACCACACUUAAUUCCAUCUAUCAAUUGCGAUUAGGUUUUGCUUCCUUAGCUUCCAAACCUCAAACAUCUAAAUGGUACCUCAAUUUAAUGUGGCCCUUUACAAUGUGCUAUAUGCUUAUGACUUGGAUUAGUGGACGUGCCUUUGUUUUAGAAAGCAACACCUUCAAUGAUCUCAAGCUACAAUGUUGGCUUAUACCAAGAUUUAAAGCACAAUAUUUCUCAAAAAGGCAGAGCAUUUCAUUGAACAAUUUGAUUGAAGAGACAAUUGUAGAGGCUGAGUUAAAUGGAGCAAAGGUGAUAAGUCUAGGACUUUUAAAUCAGAAACAAGAGCUUAAUUCACACUGUGAAUUUUAUAUUCGAAAAUUUCCACGAUUAAAGAUAAAAGUUGUUGAUGGCAGUAGUUUGGCCGCUGCUAUUGUGAUGAACAACAUUCCUAAAGGGACAAAUGAGGUGCUUUUACGAGGCAAGUUUAACAAGGUUGCGCUUGCCAUUGUCAAUGCUUUAUGCAAGAAAAAUAUAAAGGUAGCUGUACUAUAUAAGGAUGAGUUUAAAGAGCUUGAACAAAGGGUCAUAGUGUCAAAAGGAAGUUUGGCUCUUUCACCAAUCAAUACUCCAAAGAUAUGGUUAGUUGGAGAUGAAUGGGAUGAAUACGAGCAAAUGAAAGCACCAACAAGUUCAUUGUUCAUACCAUUUUCUCAUUUUCCUCCAAAGAAAAUGCGAGAAGAUUGCUUCUACCAUUAUACACCAUCAAUGAUUACACCUAUUACAUUCAUGAAUUCACACUCUUGCGAGAAUUGGCUUCCAAGAAGAGUUAUGAGUGCAUGGCGUAUUGCUGGAAUAAUUCAUGCCUUAGAGAGAUGGAAUGUCCAUGAAUGUGGUUAUACUAUACUUAGCCUCGAGAAAGUAUGGGAAGCAAGUAUUCGCCAUGGCUUCCAACCUCUAAAGACUCUCACUCAUCAAUCAUGAGUAAUGGGUUCAUAUAACAUUAUUGAUAUACAUUCUUCUAGUUUGACUUUGGCGAAGAAUAAAAAUAUGCAAAAGUUAAUUAUGUAAUUUGGUUGACAAUCACUUGGAGUUUAUGGUGCGCCCCUAAUAACAUUAUGUUUAGAGGAGAAGUUGUUAACUUGCGAUUCUUAAUGGAUCAGAUUAUAUAUCUAUAUUUCCUGGUUUUGCUUUAUAGGUAGAUAAUAAGUAUGUCCUCUCUUGUUUUUUCAAAUUGGUGUAAAGAUCCAUUAACUUGCAUUUUUAGCAUCUAAUGGUAUCUUUAAGAAUUGUAAGGGUUGAGUACACCUAGUACUCCUUAUAAUUCAAUUUUUUUCUUAUUUUAAAAAAAAUUUCUUCUAAUUGAGUUAUCAAAGUUUGUUUUACACCAUCACAAGGAAAAUGUUCACCCUAAUUUUUUAAUUCUAAGAUUUCAAUAAUAUUUAAAUUUUCAGGGUUUCUUUUACAUCAUCAAUGUGAUCUAUAAAUAUUUUUUCUUUCAAA